AAUGUGCUAGGAGUCCUCACUCGGUCUUCGUGCCUCCUCGGCCUUGGCGCCCGCUCUGGGCGCGCUCGCGGAGUCCUACCGCCCGCCGUUGCGCUAUGAGGGCGCCUCUCUGGGGCUGGCCGAGGCCGGAGCCGGCUUGCACGGUUUGAGAGGAAGUGUGAAAAGAGCGCGGGCGGGAGCUGGGGCUGCGCACAGAGCGGCACUCCCGGGCCAGCGCGGUAUCCAGGUGAGCGCCGGCUUGGUGAGCAGUGUACUCGGUGCAGCUGGUCGGCGCCUGCCGGGCUUGAUCGGAGGCUGAAUCCAGAGCGUGGACCGCCCUUCUCUCUUCGUGGGAUCCUUGGCCACGAUAGCAGAUGCAUUUUGUAGAAGUAUUUUGAGGAUGAAUGUUUUCAAAUCAUUUUGAAAUUUCCAAGCACUAUAUACAUGGGAUGCAUCCUGCUUUCAACCUGGAGUUCACCUCUGUGGCGUGGAUCUAUCCAAGGAGCAUUUGCCUUCAAUCUCUGUGUUAACUAGAAAUCAAGUAAAGACAUGAGGAGAUUCGUUUACUGCAAAGUGGUUCUGGCCACUUCACUGAUGUGGGUCCUUGUGGAUGUCUUCUUACUGCUGUACUUCAGUGAAUGUAACAAGUGUGAUGACAAGAAGGAGAGGUCCCUGCUGCCUGCACUGAGGGCUGUUAUUUCAAGAAACCAAGAAGGCCCAGGAGAAAUGGGAAAGGCUGUGCUGAUUCCUAAAGAUGACCAGGAGAAAAUGAAAGAGCUGUUCAAAAUCAAUCAGUUUAACCUUAUGGCCAGUGAUUUGAUUGCCCUUAAUAGAAGUCUGCCAGAUGUAAGAUUGGAAGGAUGCAAGACAAAAGUCUACCCUGAUGAACUUCCCAACACAAGUGUAGUCAUUGUGUUUCAUAAUGAGGCUUGGAGCACUCUCCUUAGAACUGUUUACAGUGUUAUAAAUCGCUCCCCACACUACCUGCUCUCUGAGGUCAUCUUGGUAGAUGAUGCCAGUGAAAGAGAUUUUCUCAAGUUGACAUUAGAGAAUUAUGUGAAAAAUUUAGAAGUACCAGUAAAAAUUAUCAGGAUGGAAGAGCGCUCUGGGUUAAUACGAGCACGUCUUCGAGGAGCAGCUGCUUCAAAAGGGCAGGUCAUAACUUUUCUGGAUGCACACUGUGAAUGCACAUUAGGGUGGCUGGAGCCCUUGCUGGCGAGAAUAAAGGAAGACAGGAAAACAGUCGUAUGCCCCAUCAUUGAUGUGAUUAGUGACGAUACCUUUGAAUAUAUGGCUGGGUCAGAUAUGACUUAUGGGGGUUUUAAUUGGAAACUAAAUUUCCGCUGGUAUCCUGUUCCCCAAAGAGAAAUGGAUAGGAGGAAAGGAGACAGAACAUUGCCUGUCAGGACCCCUACUAUGGCUGGUGGCCUAUUUUCUAUUGACAGAAACUACUUUGAAGAGAUAGGAACUUACGAUGCAGGAAUGGAUAUCUGGGGUGGAGAGAAUCUUGAAAUGUCUUUUAGGAUUUGGCAAUGUGGAGGCUCUUUGGAGAUUGUAACUUGCUCCCACGUUGGUCAUGUUUUUCGGAAGGCAACCCCUUAUACUUUCCCUGGUGGCACUGGUCAUGUCAUUAACAAGAACAAUAGGAGACUGGCAGAAGUUUGGAUGGAUGAAUUUAAAGAUUUCUUCUAUAUCAUAUCCCCAGGUGUUGUCAAAGUGGAUUAUGGAGAUGUGUCAGUCAGAAAAACACUAAGAGAAAAUCUGAAGUGUAAGCCUUUCUCUUGGUACCUAGAAAACAUCUAUCCGGACUCCCAGAUCCCAAGACGUUAUUACUCACUUGGUGAGAUAAGAAACGUGGAAACCAAUCAAUGUUUAGACAACAUGGGCCGUAAGGAAAAUGAAAAAGUGGGUAUAUUCAACUGUCAUGGCAUGGGAGGAAAUCAGGUAUUUUCUUAUACAGCCGACAAAGAAAUCCGAACUGAUGACUUAUGCUUGGAUGUGUCCAGACUCAACGGACCUGUAAUCAUGCUAAAGUGCCACCACAUGAGAGGAAAUCAACUAUGGGAAUACGAUGCUGAGAGACUCACGUUGAGACAUGUUAACAGUAACCAAUGUCUAGAUGAACCUUCUGAAGAAGACAAAAUGGUGCCUACCAUGCAGGACUGUAGUGGAAGCAGAUCCCAACAAUGGCUGCUAAGAAACAUGACCCUGGGGGCAUGAAGACUAUUUCCCCCAAGCCAUCAAAGUGUCUAUACUUUUGGUUUUCCAUUAUUUCAAUGAGGGGAAAAAUAAUAACUGCUGAAAUGAAAGUUUUAAAAAUCCUUUUAGUAUUCUAAAACAUAGUUGUUUAUAAUUCAUUUUUAGGAAUGUUGGAUUAUUUCCCUACUAAAAUUUGUAUCUCAUUGAAGAAGCACAUAAAAAACAUAAAUAAUAGCCAAGUGUUAUUAAGCUAUGGAACAACUUGAAAAACAAAUUGUGUUUGUUUUAAAAAAAAUCUUACUGCCCUCAUGUCACAAGGUUAAUGGGAGGUUAAUUUAUUUUUUGCUGUCAUAGUGAUUGAGAGAGACAUAAUGUAAAUGCCUUACAAAAUAUCUUCAUUAUGAAAUAUUAUCAAUUGCUUUAUAUAUUCACUCUUUGUACUGGACCUUCAUAGGAACAUGUUGAAUUUCUAUGUCAACAAAUAUGAUCACAAAUUAUUUCUGAGCAUCGAAUUCAUUGUACAAAAUAUCAGGUUCCACAUUUUGUACCAGGAAAAAAAUUUAAAUUGGAUAUUGAAUUCAUAGUCUUUACAAAAACAUCACAUUUAAACAAAAAAAGAAAGAAGAAUUUGAAAAUUCGCUUUAAAUAGGAAAUGCAAAUUCAAAUGAAACAAGCAGAAAUUAGCCAGAUAUUGAGGAGAAUGAUGGAGGGAAAUGGAAACAGUCCUUGGAAGAGACAUGGCGGCUGGGUUGCAAUCAUUCCUAACACAGGCUGAA